GCGGAAGUGGCGUGAGGGGCGGAAGUUCCCCCGCCCCGGCGCUCCCGCUCGCUCGGUCCGUGGGGCUGCGCUGCGCUGUUCAUGGAAGAGAUGUCGGGAGAAAGCGUGGUGAGCUCAGCAGUGCCAGCAGCGGCCACUCGCACCACCUCCUUCAAAGGCACCAGCCCCAGCUCCAAGUAUGUGAAGCUCAACAUUGGUGGUGCCCUCUACUACACCACCAUGCAGACCCUGACCAAGCAGGACACCAUGCUCAAGGCCAUGUUCAGUGGCCGGAUGGAAGUCCUCACCGACAGUGAAGGCUGGAUCCUCAUCGACCGCUGUGGCAAACACUUUGGGACCAUCCUGAACUACCUGCGGGACGGGGCUGUGCCGCUGCCGGAGAGCCGCAGGGAGAUCGAGGAGCUCUUGGCUGAAGCAAAGUACUACCUGGUGCAGGGGCUGGUGGACGAGUGCCAAGCAGCCCUGCAGCAGAACAAAGAUGCAUAUGAACCAUUCUGCAAGGUACCAGUCAUCACGUCCUCCAAAGAAGAGCAAAAACUUAUAGCCACUUCCAACAAGCCAGCAGUGAAGCUGCUGUAUAACAGAAGCAACAACAAAUAUUCCUACACCAGCAACUCCGAUGACAACAUGCUGAAGAACAUCGAGCUCUUUGACAAGCUGUCCUUGCGGUUUAAUGGGAGGGUGCUCUUCAUAAAGGACGUGAUUGGAGAUGAGAUCUGCUGCUGGUCUUUCUACGGGCAGGGGCGGAAGAUCGCCGAAGUCUGCUGCACUUCCAUUGUCUAUGCUACUGAGAAGAAACAGACAAAGGUGGAGUUCCCGGAAGCCCGCAUCUACGAGGAGACGCUGAACAUCCUGCUCUACGAGUCCCAGGACGGGAGGGGACCCGACAAUGCCCUGCUGGAGGCCACGGGGGGGGCUGCAGGGCGCUCCCAUCACCUGGAGGAGGACGAGGAGCGGGAGCGCAUCGAGCGGGUGCGGAGGAUUCACAUCAAGCGCCCGGACGACAGGGCCCAUCUGCACCAGUGACUG